CCCCCCCCCCCCACCACACUCGAGGAGAGGGCAAGGAAGAUCCCGCAGUACGUCACUCUCAUCAGAAGACCAACCCCAUUCCUCCAUCCCACUCCAGCAUUGUGAUCUCCCAGAAAGCCAACCACGGAAUCAAGCAGAGCAUCUCGUCAUGGCGGCCGCGGCCAGGGCCUUCGCCGCGCACGUGCUGCGCGGGAGGUGGUUCAUGGCGCACGGCUCCUUCCUCAUCAUGUCCGCGGCGGGGGCGACGUACAUCUUCGCCGUCUACUCCAAGGACAUCAAGGCCACGCUCGGCUACACCCAGGAGCAGCUCAACACCGUCGGCUUCUUCAAGGACGUCGGCGCCAACGUCGGCAUCCACGCCGGCCUCAUCGCCGAGGUCGCCCCGCCAUGGCUCGUCCUCUCCAUCGGCGCCGCAAUGAACCUGGGUGGAUACCUCAUGCUCUACCUCUCCGUCGCCGGCGUCGUCCGCGCCAGGCCGCCGCUCUGGCUCGUGUGCCUCUACAUCGCCGUCGGCGCCAACUCGCAGGCCUUCGCCAACACCGGCGCACUCGUCACCUGCGUCAAGAACUUCCCCGAGAGCCGCGGCGUCAUACUCGGCUUGCUCAAGGGCUUCGUCGGACUCAGCGGAGCCAUCUUCACCCAGCUCUACCUCGCUUUCUACGGUGGAGGCGUCGGUGACACCAGACCGCUCAUACUGCUCGUUGGCUGGCUCCCGGCCGCCGUCUCCGUGGCCUUCCUCGGCACGAUACGGAUCAUUCGCUCGCCGCGCUCCCCGGCCGCGGCGCGCCGCGAGUACCGCGCGUUCUGCGGCUUUCUGUACGUGUCGCUCGCUCUCGCCGCUUACCUCAUGGUCGUCAUCAUCUUGCAGAAGAGGUUCUUGUUCACCCGAGCAGAGUUUGGCGUCAGCGCCGCCGUCGUGCUCGCAAUGCUUCUCGUCCCAUUCACCGUGGUCCUGCGCGAGGAGGCCGCACUGUUCAAGAACACACGGGAAGCGCAGACCGUGGUGACCGUGGCCACCAAACCACGGACGCCGGCACAAGAACCAGCGGCCGUUGCGGAGAAGCCAGCAGCUACACUGACGUCGAGGGUGGUGCGGGCGCUGAGGCCACCACCGCUUGGCGACGACUACACGAUCCUGCAGGCGCUGGUGAGCGUGGACAUGCUGCUGCUGUUCACGGCGACGGUGUUCGGCAUGGGCGGCACCCUCACGGCCAUCGACAACAUGGGCCAGAUCGGCGAGUCGCUGGGUUACCCGCAGCGCAGCAUCGCCACCUUCGUCUCCCUCAUCAGCAUCUGGAACUACCUCGGCCGGGUCGCCUCCGGCUUCGCGUCGGAGGCGCUCCUCGCGCGGUACCGCCUCCCGCGCCCGCUCGUCCUCGCCGUCGUCCUGCUCCUCACCGUCCCGGGCCACCUCCUCAUAUCGUUCGGCGUGCCGGGAUCCUUGUACGUGGCGUCGGUGAUCAUCGGGUUCUGCUUCGGCGCGGCGCAACCGCUGAUCCUGGCGAGCGUGUCGGAGCUGUUCGGGCUCAGGUACUACUCCACGCUCUACAACCUGUGCGGCACGGCAAGCCCCGUGGGGUCGUACGUCCUCAACGUGCGCGUGGCCGGGCGCAUGUACGACCGCGAGGCCGCGCGGCAGGGUGGCGGACACGCCGUGGCCUCGGCGGCCGGGAAGAGGUUCGUGACUUGCAUCGGCGUCCGGUGCUACAAGGAGUCGUUCUUGGUCAUAACGGCGGUGACGGUGGCCGCCGCGGCGGUGACGCUGGUGCUGGCGUGGAGGACUCGGGGAUUCUACGCGGGGGACGUAUACGCGCGGUUUAAGGAGGAGGAGGAGGAGGAGACGGUGGUGGUUGGACAGAGCAGAAAUGGCGUCGCCGCGUCGGAGACGACCGGUUAAAAGUGAAAGGGAGUUGGCGCUAAGAGCAUCUGAUAUAAAAAUCAGCCCAAAAACUGCUUGAUGCAAAUUAUACAUCAGCAAAAACGGGAUUUUUACAUCACCGAAAGUGUCCAACUCCAACAGGUAAUGUGUUCUAGAUUCUUUCUUUCUAACUAACCACCCCCUGAUUUUCACGGGAGUGGGCCUCUCAUCCCCUUAAUCUCCAAUCAAAAUUUACCUAUUUGUAAAAGCCGUGUAAACCUAUGUAUGUGUAGCAUUACUGAAAGGAUCGAUAUAGUUGACUAGAGGGGGGUUGAAUAGGCAACUAACAAUUUUUA